AAGUUCGAAGAUCGCGGUAAAGGAAGGAACUUUAAUGCCUGAUUCUGCUUAGUUCAGCUGUGUCACACGCCAUUAUACGCGGUUUUGAUAGGAAAAAAGUAAAUAUAAAUAAAUAAUGUCGUUAGCGCUUGGAAUGUGCGAGACACCCGGCUGCAAUGCGGUCGCAAGUUUGCAAUGUCCAACUUGCUUGAAACUCGGCAUCCAGGGUUCAUAUUUCUGUAGUCAAGAUUGCUUUAAAGGAAGUUGGAAAACUCAUAAAGUUAUUCAUCAACUAGCAAAAGGAGAAGAUGGAAACAAAAUUUCCAACACUUAUAAUCCUUGGCCAUCCUACAAUUAUACUGGAAAAUUACGCCCGCACAAAAAGGAACUACGCAGAGAGGUUCCUGAGUAUAUUAAUCGACCAGAUUAUGCCGUACAUCCAGCUGGGAUACCACUUAGCGAGCAAGCUGUAAAAGGAUCUGGUCAAAUAAAAAUUCUCGAUGAUGAGGAGAUAGAAGGAAUGAGAGUUGCAUGCAAGCUUGGUCGAGAAGUAUUGGAUGAGGCGGCAAAAACAUGUGACGUAGGUGUUACAACAGCCGAGGUCGAUAGAAUAGUGCACGAAGCUUGCGUUGAAAGGGACUGCUAUCCGUCACCAUUAAACUAUUAUCAAUUUCCCGCCAGUUGUUGUACUUCUGUCAAUGAAGUCAUUUGUCACGGGAUUCCUGACACUCGGCCUUUGCAAGAUGGUGAUAUUUGUAAUGUGGACGUUACCGUAUACCAUAACGGUUUUCAUGGAGAUUUGAAUGAAACUUUCUUGAUAGGCAAUGUAAAGCCAGAAAUAAAAAAAUUAGUAGAAGUGACAUACGAGUGCUUGUCCAAAGCUAUUGAUAUUGUGAAACCUGGCGAAAAGUACAGAGAAAUUGGUAAUGUAAUUCAAAAGCACGCACAUGCUAAUGGCUUCAGUGUGGUUCGUAGUUAUUGCGGUCAUGGAAUUCAUCGUUUGUUUCACACAGUGCCCAAUGUGCCACACUAUGCCAAAAACAAAGCAGUGGGCAUUAUGAAAGCUGGGCAUUGUUUCACCAUCGAACCAAUGAUAUCUCAAGGUACUUGGAAGGAUGAAACAUGGCCUGAUAAUUGGACCGCUGUUACCUUGGAUGGUCAAUGGUCGGCGCAAUUUGAGCACACGCUUUUAGUAACGGAGACCGGUUGUGACAUUCUCACAAAACGACUAACAAACAAUGGUAGGCCAUGGUUCAUGGAUUGUUUGUAGUAGUAUUUUUUAAUUUCUUUAC